AUGUUACCCUCGCCCAAACUCCCGCAGACUGGGACAGACACGCCGGAUCAAACCCUUCCACAGCCCCAGGACGAGUCCGAGCCAAACGCCAUUAACAUGCGAGUUGGAUUAAAACGAAUGAAAGACGUACCGGGGACGGCGCCCCCGGUGCCACCCUCCCCACUGCUCCCCUGCAGCGGUCGCAUGAAGGUCGACGCGGCGAGCAACACCCCUAGCCUUUGUCAGCAUCCAGCCGUCUACUGGGAUGAUCAGCACUCACCCAUCCACAGACAAAUCCUCCCAACGCCACCCCCGCGCAAACUCACACUGGCUGCUACUGACUUCCCGGAUGAACCUCCCCAAGGCAAGGCAAGGCCAAACAGCAAAGCACCCGUAGGCCAAAUGCGACCGGAAGACACGCCCGCUGCUGGUACGUGCCGGCGCAUGGGAGCCGUCUCACAUCCUGGGGAUACGAUCGACGAAGUGCGAAGGCGGUGA